UCCUUAUCUUUAACUCGAUAUUAAGAGAUGCUGCGAUUUCUGAAAAUUAGAACACUCAGAAUUUUAAAGGCUAAUUAACUGGAUUUGUUUUCUUCUCCACUCUCAAAAUGAAUGCUGCGGUUGUUUUUGGAAUAAUCGCUCUGGCUUUGCAACGGGCAGAUGCACAGCAGUCGAUGACUUGCAACUUUGAGAGUGAUACAUGUGGAUUCACAAAUGAAGAAAAUCACAGUGCUCAAUGGGAUAGAAAAGAAUUGACAUUAGGAGGGAAAAAAGCAUUUAUGAUGACCUUAGAGACAAACGAGACUAACACACAAAUGGGCCGAAUGAUCACACCCUACUUUGAACUUGAAGAAAAAAUUCCAGGCUGUCUCAAAGUUGAAUAUUACUUUUCCGGUGAUGGUGCAAAAUCCUUCAAUAUUCAACAGGAAACAGAGUUUGGAAUUCAUCCUAUUUACGUGAAAGGGCCUCACCAAACAUAUAACACAUGGCAAAAAUCUACUAUAGAUGUUGACAUUGAUGAAUCCUUAAGGUUCUUUUUCUCUGCAAUUGUGGAUCCAUCACUUGGAGAAUACACUGUUGCAAUAAGAUAUGUGGAACUUUUGUUAACUAAAUGCCCGUAAAAGAAUCGAAGUUAAUUAAACUAUCUUCAGUUUUAAAUUUAUUUUCACAUUUGAUAAUAUAUUUUUAUAAAUCACCAAUUAUAAUAAAUAAACUAUUUAUGAAAACUUCA